UUCUAUAUUGCUGGUUUGUAUUCAUUUCACAAAAAAAUAAUGUUCUAUUAAGGUAUCAAGGCAUGUGACGUGACGUUCUAUGAGCAAUUCCUGCAGAGACGCAUGGAAGGGGCUUGCCAUCAACACUUCCACCCUCCACUUCUUGCAAUUUAGUCAUGUAGUUGAUGGAGUUUGCAAGGGCCAACAAGUGCUUCUUUGAACGAGCAGAAAAAGUGUUGAAUUUGGCAACAUCGAUGUUUAACGUGGCGAUUUGCAGUGCCUGGUCGACGCCCUCACGUGGAGAGACGGGUAGCAAUGAGUCUGAACGCCUUGACGAAGCAGAAACUUCAGAACUCGGAAUUCUAUGGUGAGAAGGACCAUCAAUGUCGGUGGAAACGGGUAUGGCGAAUUGUGAUGAAGGCAAACAUGAAGAUGAAACCAGUAAGCCGGGGCUCCUUGAAGAUGGAUUAGCAAAUUCACAUUCUGAGGAGCUUGGCGCAGUUUCUCCUGUAACUGUUGUCGCCACAGUGACACAUGCAAUCAUUUUGCUUGCUCCAAAUCCAAAGCACGAGAGCAAGCCUUGCCUUGCUUGUGAAGAAUUCCAGCCCUUGCUCUUCACAGUUGCCGUAUUGUAGGAUCGAGGAUACGAUGGCAAGGCAGAUUACAACUCUAUCGGUUCUUACUGCACCCUUGAUGGAUCCCGUGGCGUUGAGUUUGCGACAGGAAACGAAGCACGUCGUGUCGGAUGGGGCACAGAAAAGCAAGAUCCG